UCUAUGUGUGUCUGUGUAAGUGUGUUGGAUUGAUCAGAUCGAUUCGUUUCGGCUGUUGUCUGGACUCCAGAUAUGCGCAGACCUUAUUCCGGAAGGGAUUCUGAGGCGUGAAUGUGUCGACUCCAAGGUCUUUCCGAAUCCUUGACUCUCCAGCGCUCCGAUCUGACAGCGAUCCGGAAACGUCGCGUUCGAACAAGCAAAUCUAAACUUGAAGGAGCUGCUGGCCUCGCAGCAUUCGGAGGUCGACUCCUGUCUUCUGUACCGGAAUCCAGUUGGUGAGAUUCCCAUUCGGAGCGCAGAGUGAGGGAGAACGUGGCCCGGCUAGAAUCCAAGACCAAAUGGCGAACGUUAUGAGGAAUCUGCCCACGAAAACAUUGUUUUCCGCUGGGCCAUCGUGCAGCUCUGAAGGUGUCGAAGCAAGUUUGAGCAACUUGCCGUCGUUCAACUCACGGAAUUUCGCCAAAUUUCAACCCUGUUCCCAGAGCAGAAACAGCACACGGAAGCCUCCAACUUACCUUCCGCUAAAAGAUCACCCCUUAUCGCAGACGAUAACUACAGAGAAAACCAACAUCCUCCUCCGGUAUCUCCACUACCAAACUGGUGGAAAGAAAUCGUCUAAACGGAGAGAUGCCUCGCCUUCUGAGGACGCGCCUCGUAAACGAAAUCGCGAAGAUCAAUCCACAGAUAUGGACACAAAUGCGGAACGCAGCGACGACGAUUAGAUCUAACGGAGUUCCAUGCACCGCUGGAAAGCCCUAUUGUACACGAUCGGAAAAAGAGUUUAGGAAAGCUCGUGUAUGAUUCGAGCGCAAGAACGAGGGAGAUAUUUUUGUUAAUGCAGAGUAAAGCUGAAGAGGCGUACGUCGCUCAUAUGAGUCGCGCGGAAAGCCACCGCGGAUUCCCACUGUCUCUGAAGCAGCCUUAUCCACAACUCAUAGCCUUAUCCAUGUGGAUCACAGGGACGCGCUCGGCACAUUCAUACGAGGAGUCAAAUUUUCAUACUCGAGAUGAUGAUCCCAUCCCCGAUGGAGCGAGUUUUAGGUAAUCGGAUCAGCAGCUAAUAAAAGUUCGAGAAGUUCACGUCAUCAA